AUGGCUGCGGUGUCCUCGGGAACCUUCUUGCACCUCCUUCUGUUUCUAGCGAUACCUCCGACUGUAUCAGGGACUGUCCUGUUCAACAUUACCGAUGCUGUUCUCAAUCGUCUUGAAAACAACGCGGGUCCCAUCGGUCUGAAGAGUACGGUAGAGGGCGCCUCUGUCCAACGCUACUCACUGUACAUCGCCUCCCAGCUGGACUUUGAGACAAUGCCAAACAAUAUCCAGAACUACGUUUACUGCACGGACAGCACUAAUGUGCAAGCAAUACGUCUGGAGGUGACACUCUUCAUCACUGAUGUCAACGAAUUUCCGCCAGGAUUUAAAGACGCCCCCUAUUCCAUCAGUCUUCCAGAGGGUUCUGGUCAGUUUGUAACGGACAGCGCUGCGACUGGCAUCGUUCUUUUGAACACGAGAUUGGAUUUUGAACUGGGACCUCGACAAUACGUGCUCACCCUGUCUGCUGAGGAAUAUCAGACACCCGAUGGCAGUACCCCGAAGACGAGCUACACGACGCUGACGAUCAAAGUCACGGACGUGGACGAGUUUGGGCCUGUGUUCAGCAGCGAUGUGUACACACUCAGCAUUGCCGAGCAUAUUUAUACGGGUGGCGUCUACAACACAGAUCCACCCUUACGUGCAGUGGACGAUGAUGCGACAAAAGAGAACAUUAUCAUUACGACAGAUAACUCUACAUCCUUACAAGUGAGAAGCCACUUCUCUGUGUUGGCUAAUGGGUCUCUUGUUGUCAUUGGCAACGUAACACGUGGACAGUACAGCCUUAACGUCAGGGCCUAUCAGAUCAACCGGCCGGCGGACCGCAUGAAUGUGGCCAGCGUGCUGAUAACGGUGUUUGACCUCAAUGACCACGCACCGGUCAUGUCCAGCGCCACCUACACGGUUCGCAUACCGGAAGAUGCGUCGCCAGGGGCCAUCAUCGCUACUGUCUUCGCCUCCGACGCCGAUGUUGGUGAGAACAGCAGCUUCAGUUUUUACCUCUCUGAUAACAGCAUCUUCACAAUUUCAACAGAAAAUGCCGUCGGUGUCGUUAAAUUAGUAGGUCGUUUGGAAUCGACCUCCAGUUUCACUGUUCAGGUCUACGCCCAAGAAGACAAGUCGGUGGAAAAGUUUCGCAGCAACAACAGCACACUAGUCAUCAAUGUUACAGAUGUCAACGACAACAAUCCUGUCUUUGUCAACACGACAUAUUCUUUUUCCGUGCCACAGACUGCUGCCAAAGGUCAAGAAAUUGGUCAGGUGAACGCCGCUGAUAAAGAUGCCGGGCCCAACGGUCAGGUGUCUUACAGACUAAGCGGAGCCUAUGGGAUCGAGGAAGGGACAUUCGUGGUCGACUCGGCAACAGGUCGGGUCGUCCUUAGCCGGAAUCUGACCAGACGGGACGUGGGAGUAGCUGUCCUUGCCAUCGAAGCAUACGACGGUGCAACAGAGGGGGAGCGCAGAUCGAGCAUGGCGCAGGUGCAAGUGAAGAUCACGAGUGUCAACCUGUCUCCCCCUGUUUUCAACUCCUCCACCUACACCUUUACGGUGCUGGAGACUUCUCCGGUGGGGUUCAGGGUUGGCGCAGUGGCUGCUUCAGACAUGGAUAACGACAGUCUUCUGUACACGUUGAAUAACGACACAGAUUUUCAGUUGCAAGGUAACCCUCCGGCACUUUACCUGAAAUCUGUCCUUGACCUGGACUCCGCAUCACGUGGCUCUGUCUACGUCCUCAAGGUCCAGGUCACGGAUGGCGACUACUCGUCGACAGCCACAGUUUCUGUAACUGUAGAACAUGUCAAUGAGUAUGAGCCAGUCUGGAAUCAGACAGUCUACACCUUUCAGGUCUUGGAGAAUGCGACAAGUGGAAGCUUUGUGCAGAAGAUCACUGCCUCAGACAAGGACUCGGGAAGUGAUGGGACUGUGAUGUAUAGUAUUAGUCCUGGGGUAGGGCCAUUCAUCAUUAAUCCCAGCACAGGGGUGCUCACCAUUAGCUGUUCUACUCUCACAUGCUUGGACUACGAGAGUGAAACACAAUAUGUGAUCAUCGUGAAUGCCAUUGAUGGUGGACAACCAGCAAAGACGUCUGCAGCGACCAUUAUCAUCACAGUCAUCAACUGCAAUGACGAGAAGCCGCAGUUUGCAUCCGACUUCACUGGAUCGGUGACAGAAAACUUACCCCCAGGAUUCACUAUUCUCCUGUUGCAGGCAAGUGACUUAGAUACCCCUGAGAAGGAUCUGGUCUUCAGCCUCAGCUCGGUGGUGCCGCCAGGAGUAAUCAGGGUAGACAACUUGUAUGUGGUGACCAACGUCAGCCUAGACGCCGAGAAGACUCGCGUGAUUACAGGGCUAGUGCACGUGACUGACGGCCUUCACACCAGCACGGCAGCUCUCAGCAUUUCAGUGCAGGACGUCAAUGACAACGCGCCGCAGGUCGUCUUUACGGUGAACCCAGUAGAGAUACCAGAGAAAGCCACGACAGGUGCGAAAGUGCUUGUUGUCAACGUCACGGAUGCUGAUGUGACGAACAGUGGGUUCACCUUCUGGUUGGAGGGAGCAGAGGGCAAGUUUGCCAUCGACCACACCACAGGGACCAUCACCGUGUCCGGCGCCUUCGACCGACGGGUACAGAACCACUACAACGUGCAGGUGUGGGUGUCGGACCAGGGGGCACCUCCCCGCCUCAACCACAGCUUGCUGUACAUCAAUGUCACGGACAGCAACACGUCUCCCACCUUCGUGAACAUCAGCAACAGCAGCGUCAUACGUUACCGGUUCGACGUCAGGGAGGAUGCUCCCGUCGGCUUCAGUGUCGGUCGCGUCCUGGCACUGGAUCCAGACCCAGGGUCAUCAGGUCAAGUUCGUUACGUCAUCAGCACUGGAAACUCUGAUCACGUGUUCCUGCUGGGUGAGACUACCGGCGACUGACCCUUGCAAAAUGGCUGGACUUCGAGAGCGUCCAAUUAUACAGCUUUGUAGUGGAAGCCGUCGACAACUCCCUGGAGCCACGGACGGCGACAGCGACUGUGGACGUGUCGGUGGUAAAUGUGGUGGAGGCGCCGGCCUGGCCCGCCUCAUUACCAAUCAUCUACAUCACACUUCACAGCCA